CAACCGAAUCACCACUUCCUAGAUCACCCCCUGUCUCCAAAACCGAAGCCUUUCACUCCAUUCAAUUCCCCUUCGAAACCCACAGAAAGCAACAAAAAAGAAAUUCCCCAGACAGACAGACAGACAGACAGACGAAAGAAAGAAAGAAAUUCACCCCAUCAUUCUAUCCCCUCUCAAAAGUUGAAACCUUCAGUUCUUGUUGAAUGGAUAAUUUCUGCCAAUUCUCUGAUCAACAUCCUUUGAGGUCAAAUUCAAUGCCCAUUGACAGGCAAGAAGCAUCUUCUUUCUCCGAUAGCAGCACGUCUCGACGAGUUGUCCAUUCUGAUGAAGAGGUCUUACUAGCAACAAGUUUUCCGAAAAAACGCGCUGGCCGCAGAAUAUUCAGGGAGACUCGGCACCCGGUUUUUAGAGGUGUUCGGAAGAGGAAUGGUAACAAAUGGGUGUGUGAAAUGCGGGAACCAAACAAGAAGUCACGAAUAUGGUUAGGAACAUAUCCUACACCAGAAAUGGCAGCUCGAGCUCAUGAUGUUGCUGCUUUGGCACUUAGAGGCAAAUCUGCUUGCCUUAACUUCGCUGAUUCAGCAUGGAGGUUGCCUGUGCCAGUUUCGAAGGAUUCUAAGGAUAUCACAAGGGCAGCAAAUGAGGCAGCAGAAUUAUUUAGGCCUCAAGAGUUUGGAGGUCAUCCGGCAAAACAACAAGAUAGCAAUGCAGUGCUAGAGGAUUACUCAAGUGAAGUUUGCAGCGAUGAUUGCAAAACUUUCCAAGAAAAUGAUUUCUUCUUCGAGGAAGCAGUGCUUGACAUGCCAGGGUUGCUCGUGGACAUGGCAGAAGGUCUUCUACUCUCUCCUCCACGUUAUGUAAGGAAUGAUUGCAACGACUUGGAUCAUAUGGAGAAUGGUUCUGAUUUGUCGUUAUGGAGUUAUUAGGCAAACUUCUAGAUUAGUACAUAUAGUGCCAUAGUUAGCAGUUAGCUUUACAUGUGAACGAAUUGUUCUACAUUAUUUUUCCAUACUUCUAUAGAGCCUUUAUUUUAAUAUAUGAUGCAAAUGGAAGAAAGACACCCCUGUCCCUUUGUCCGCCGUUACGUCUGAAACUAAUCAGGACAAGAAACAUAAAAUAAAUAACCCUUUAUCAGGUAGAAGAGCUUGGUUCAGGCACGCCCUAUUGCAUAUCCAGUAAAAGAACAUGUUCAACCUAUAAGCAUAACAAUUUUAAAUGUUAUCUAAUACAUUUGUCCCCGGUAUCUACCCACCUGUAAUUAGUUACAUAAGGAUUUUACCCCUCUUUC